UCAGUGCCUACUGCAGGGUUCCACGGGACAACUACCCCUCCCGUACACCUUCGCCAGCAUCGUUAUUGUCACGGUGGACGCAAGCGCGCAACGGAGCUCCACUUCCGCCGGCGUAGUGGUCGUUCAGCUGACUCGACGUACAUCUUUCGGGGAAAGGGUCGUGCCAACCCUCUGUCAGCCGUGAAAACGAGACGAAAGUAGAAACGAAACGGACCGAGUCGAGUCGCGUUUCUAUCCCUGACUAAAUCUCCUCGUGCGAGUUCGAUCGCGUUCUCGUGACCGUUCUUUUCUGCUCGAACGUGUACAUGGAGCUGGACGAGCGUGUGAACGAGUACGCGUCAGUGUCCACCUUCUGGUGAGUGUUCGAGAACCGAGUGUGCUCGAUGACACGAGGACAGAUGCGUAGCCCGAACUGCGGUUUUCAUGGGGACACGGCGUCGUCCACUUCCCUUUCACGACGUCGAUUCGCGCACUGACAAUGACACACGAUAGAAAUGCAUCUCGCAGGAAUGAUGGUUCGCAGAACGCAAGUGGCGUGCAAGAUCUCGAGAAAAUGAACUCGCGAGCGACGGAAGAUGAAUCACGAAAACGGCUGAAAGGCGGUUGUACGCAGUGCAACAAGAGACGGGAGAGGUGAAAGUGACGAUGAAGAAGAAAGAGUGGCGUUCCUAAUUGGAGAAUGAGCGGAUUUUUCAACUCCCUGAAAAACUUCGCGUCAGGAGCUGCCGGCUCUGCCUCGAAGUACGAAGAACUGGAAGUCGAAGACACGAAGAUGAGAUUUAGUCUGACCCCGCAACCGGGAGAAAGCGGUUUCAUACAAUGGCUGGACGCGAUGAAGAUGGUCGCCAGGUUGCAGGGAGGAAUUCCGCCGGAAUUUCGAAGGAAGUUAUGGCUGACGCUGGCAGAACGUCAUCUGGAACAGCGUGGCGUAGAUUGGAAGCAGGCUGAAAAGAUCUGCUUCAACGAGUGGAGCAAUCCUGACGAUGAAGAGCUCGGUAUACAAAUCGUUAAAGACUUACACAGGACCGGCUGCAGUUUAUUUUGCGGCGCGGCUGGCAGAGACAAUCAGGCGGUGCUUCGUCGAGUUUUGCUCGGUUUCGCGCGAUGGAACAAGUCCGUCGGCUAUUGCCAAGGCCUGAACGUGUUGGCCGCUCUGGUUCUGCAAGUUAUGGAUCGGGCCGAGUCCGCCGCUGUGAAGGUGAUGAUCUACUUGAUAGAGGGUGUGCUGCCAGAGGGUUAUUUCGCGGACAAUCUGCGAGGCCUGUCCGUGGACAUGGCGGUGUUUCGAGAUCUCCUCAGGGCGAGGCUGCCCAGGCUCUCGAAACACCUGGAGGCACUGCAGAACGACGCGAAGGACAAGGCGACAGGGAGCAGCUAUGAGCCACCUCUGACGAAUGUGUUCACGAUGCAAUGGUUCCUUACUCUCUUCUGUCAUUGCUUGCCCCAGGAAGCGGUACUCCGAGUCUGGGAUCUGAUAUUCCUCGAGGGUGACGAAAUAUUACUGAGAACAGCGCUGACUAUCUGGGAAGGACUUUCGGAUCGUAUCAUGACCGUGACAUCAGCCGAUGAAUUUUAUAGUAUAAUGGGAGUUCUCACGAGGGAGAUGCUCGAGUUCACGGACACGAAUAAUCUCAUAAAGAAUAUUGUUAGUAUGGGACCUUUGCACGGUGUAACGGGACUUAGAGAGAAACAUAGGUACAAUAUCACCCCAUGGGCGAGGAAGCUUAGCGAUGAUGAAGAUAGCGACACCGAAGAGGACGAAAGGUUGGCUGUCGCUGCUGCGAUGUUUAGCAUGGCGCAACGAUUGAAGAAAGUGGAUCGUAUACCGCAAACGAUUGGAGCACUGCAGGCAUUGGCACCCAGCAGCGAUCGAGAACGUCUCGCUUUGGAUAUUAGCACUUUGAAACAGCAGUAUGCCAAGUUGCGAGAACGCCAACGACAGGCGCACAUUAUACUUUCCGCUGCAUGUGCAAGGCAGACCAUGGUACCACCUCCUACUUCUCAGGCCAUGAAUCAUCUUUUAGUGGGCAAAAGUGCGCUCGUGAGUGGGAAGAAUCGACCCUUGAGUCUACCUUCUGGUACUGCAUCGACCAAGACGAAACCUACGACUCUAAGUCAGAAUCGAAGGGACAGACAAGGCGUCACUCUUCAUUGGAAAGACACGAAGAAGCCAAAACAGAGGGCUUCAAAUUCCUCAGAUGUAGCAGAAAGUCACGCUGCAACCUUUCAAACCGCGGAAAUUGAACUGGCAUCUCCGAAACGAAGCACUGCUGACAGUGAUAGCGACAGCACGUCCACAGAAUUAUGCGACGAGCCGGACCGUCUCAGUGACGUCGACAGUGAAGAUCUAACGUCAGCUUCCGAAUCGUACGUUAUAGCAACAGACGAAGAUAAAAGUAGUCGAGUGGAUGGUUCACCGAUUCGCGAAACGGUAUCGUUGGAUACCGAAGAAAAAAGUAAGUCGGUCGAAGGUUCAAAGGACUUUGAUACUUCGGAAGAGAAUAAUUUAAGCGACAUGUCGAUCGCCAAAAUCACCGAUCAGAUCAGACGAUUGUCGGCGGAGGAUGACAAUAAUUCAAUGGUUCCUCAAAAAUUCAGCGCGCAGAGCAAAGUGUCGCCGGACGAUUCAUCGACAAAAGCAGUGGAAACGGAAAAAUCGAUACCCAAUCUGUCGGUGGACUAUAAUUCGGAUAGCAGUACUGUUAGAAAAUCGUUGGCUUUGGAUGAGUAUGAUUACUUAAAUAUCGGUAGCAGCACAAUUACCACGAAAGAGGAUGAAGUGUUGGUUCACGAGAGACCUCGACCUAGAGAGUCCACGAAAGAAAUCGUGGAUCUUCCUCGAGAUGAACUCUCCACGAUCAAGAAGGACCCGAUCGAAGAGAAAUCACCUACACUCGUUCGUCAAGACAGUUCAAGUGCGUUCUCCAGUUACGCGACAUCGUUAGAUACGAAAUACGAUAAAAUCAUCGACAAACCCAGCAAUGAUUUACAGACGGAAGAUGAGGAUCGUUUCAAAACAUCUUUCGAUUUUUCUAGCAGAGUUCCUUUAGACAUAAAACCGUACGAAGGUUCAAAGAUGGGCAGUUUAAUCGGUGACUCAUCGAACAUCGUGAGCAUCGAAAGACCACUUUAUUGUAAGACGUACGUGGGUCACCUUCCAAUUGCUCCAGGAACGGUGGAUCAGAAAUUAAGCAAAAUAUCACCGACUAUACAUGGAACGAGUGGAGUCACCGUCUUGACUGCUGAAGCUCCAACAAAUUCAGCGAUAACAAUGGAGAAGUCUUUUGACAGACUGCAGACGAAAGUUUAUUCAGACUUGCUGAAGAGUCCUAAGACGCCUGAAAGUAAUAAAUCGUACAGUUCAGGCGAAACCAUGGGACCAGACUCGAAACCUUCCAGUUUAACGGUGAGCCCAAGGUCCCCGGUUAGGUCAGACUCUCGGGAUUUCUCGAUGGACAAAUCGAUGUGUUCGUCGGUUAGUUCCGAUUCGAAGACAUUGGUACUUCGUUCCAUUGACUCGGAUGUUACGAGAGACGGCUCGAAGACGGACACGAAGAAAGGUUACGAGAUGUCGGGUUCGACGACUCCCAUCAGCACCGACUCGUUGAGGAAUAAGUCGGAGAGCAGUCCAAAGUUGGUGGUAAGCAGUUCCAGCGAUUCGUGCAGCCCCGGUAAAAUAAAGUCUUCCGAGAGGUCGUUCAGUUCGGACCUUCAAUCGCCAAUAAGUGCCAACUCCAUAAAAUAUACCUCGAAUUUCAAUAGACGGGGCCAGGACGACGUGUCGGGCUCGUCGAUGGAACUCAGCAGCGCCACAUCGCCCUUCUACCCGAUCUCGAAUCCUAACCAGAAGACACCGACGUCUCCGUACAGCGGAUCGAGACGAAGAUCCAGCUUGGACAGCACAGAAACCUCGCCCGAACAGAAAUCGAGUAGUUCAAAAGAAUCGAACAAGUUUCUGAGUUAUCAGCCCAAGUAUGAGUCCUUGAAGUCAGCUGAUAUCAAAGAUACCGAUAUCGCUUCUCGAAAAGGCGACAGUUUCGUUAGAUCAGAGUUUAACUUGAAGAAAGAUCCCACCACGAACUUGAUCGAUAGAAGGAACGGUGCUGAGGAUAUUAAUUUCUAUCAAUCAAGCAGUAGUGAUUAUUUUCGUAAAGAUAAGGACUUCCUUGACGACGGAGGAGACGAUCCUCUGUCCGAGAAGGAUGUGGUACCAUCUUUACCUCAAGAGAAACUUGACAAACGUUACUUGAACUAUCGUUACAGAGAUAGAUCGAAGUUGUUGGAGAGGAGUUCCAGCAGUCUGGAUAGCAGAAGGUACGCUGACAUGAAAUCAUCUGCGUCCUCUGAUGAAUUUACCACUUCGAUGGUUAAGAAGAGAUCCAGCGACAUUCUGGAGGACAUCAAACACUUGGAAGCGAAAGCAAAUGAAGGAUCAUCGGACAGCGCAAUGCUGACGAAGAAGAGUAGUUAUAUCUGGGAGGACCUGAAGAGCUUAGAAGCUAGGAGACAGGAUACCUUCAGCAAUUCAGCGAGUAGCUUCUCUAAACAACGUCUAGAGAUACCUGAUAUUAACGUAACUGGAGAGGGGAGGAAGUCGUACGUCAUUCACCCUAAAAUCAAUAUCGAUGAAAACAGUGACAGUAUAUUGAAGACUGUGGCGUGUAGUCAAGACAAUUGUGACUCUGACGACGGUAGGGAGUUGAAGUUAGGGGUGUGGACCAAGGUGAAACCUCGGAAGAAGAGCGACAAUGGAAGAAGGAACAGCGAUCGAGCCUUGAAGAUCAUUCAAGAGAACUCAGCUAUACUUCAGAAGAUUCUUGCCUGUCAGGCGAAGAAACGGUUGCCGGACCUUGAAGAAAUCUCCAAAGAGAUCACUAUAAGUCCUAUCAACGAGGAGAUUUCGAAGAUCUUCAGUCCGAUAUUAGAGAAAAUGGGACUGAACGAACACGAGAUCAACGAGGAGUUGGCGAGGAUCAAUUUCAAGGAUUUCGACAACAUGACCGCGACCAGCGUGUCCGAGUUCGACGCGAAAAUUAAUGAAGAACUGUCAAAACUUUCUCUGAUCGAUGAAACCGAACAGAUGGAUCAUUUCGACGUGGACGAGGUGAUAUCCCACGACUACUUGAACACCAGAGAGGCCCUGAUAGAUCGCAAGAUAAACGAGGAACUGUCGAAACUGUUGGCAAAUUACGAGCAGCAUUCUCCAGCCAGCAUAGUUACCCUGGACAAGGGACCGUCCAGUCAGAACGUUAGCGAAAUCGACGCCCUCGAAUUGUCCAGCAUCUCCACGAACGUAUUCUCUUAUAAAUCAUCCAACGAUUCCAUCGAAACCAGAAGCGACUUGGGAUCAGCGCAAGAGCCAUCCAUUCCGGUUGACAAGUUUCCCAAGUAUACCGAGAACGUGUUACCGUACCAAGUAUCCAAGUACCGAGUCGACGAUUCGUCGCCGAAAAGCGACAUAGAUAUCUACAGAGAAUUAGAGAAACUCGAUAAAAUCUCUUCGGCACAAGUGUUACCCGAUCCGACCCUGGAGCUUCCUCAGAAAGAAUUUUCCUCUAUUCCAUACGUACCUGACACGUCACCCUUCAAGGACGUAUCACCGUUGAGGUACACCUCUAAACCAAUCCCAUACGAUACUUCACCUCUGAAGACCUCCUAUGAUCCCUAUAAAGCUUUCGACUUUAAACCUAAACUAUCUCCCAAGCAAUCUACUAAUCCUUUCGCGACAACUGUUUACGAUAAACCCAUCAUGGAUCCCACGUACGACUAUAUUAAUCAUAAAUCAGAAAUCUCGAUCAACACUUACGACCUGCAUCUUAAGAGUCCAAUGAUGACGAAAGAGUCACUGGAAUUUCGAGUGAGAUACGAAGAACAGCCAGUCAGAGAAGUCAGCACCGAUUACAUGUCACUUUCGACUGAUAGACCUAUAAUUAGCUCGAACAAGUCAUCUCCUUAUUACAGCAAUGGUAACAGCGAUCCAUUGACACCUACGAAGUACAUUACCAAGGAGGACAGGUGUUUGGACAGCGGGACUACCUUCUUAGAUUAUCCUGGUGAAUCUUCAGAGAUUCUUCGUCGUAAAUACGAUCCACUGUCCCCGAAGGAAUAUUCCCAUGGGAAGGGCACGGAAUACGAUAGACACUUGACCACGUUGCCCUCCAUCGAUACAGAAGCAGAGGUGGGAUCGUAUUUGACGACCAGACAUCGGGACUAUCAUCCUUUGUCCCCGAAUAGACAGUUCGCUGAUCAACACUUUCCUUCCUCUAUCAAUCAUUACGCCUCGAAACUCUCGCCGGGUUUGAUCGACGAAUCGAAACGUCCCGUCUCUCAUCCGGAGUUUCCGGGUAAGAUAAGCGUUGGGAAAUAUGGAGAGUUGCCCGAUAGGACUGGAUCGAACAAUUACAAGAAAUCUUCUCUGAGCCUGGGUAACAUAGGACAUUCGAGUAAAAACGUGGAUGAUAAUUACGAUACUGUGAUCAGCCCGAGAACCCAGUUCAGUCCAUUUCCUGUGAGAAAUGCUACUAGGAAGCCGAAGGAACUCGCUUUGAAACUGGGUCUCUAUUCACCGAAGGGCACAGACAUGGGACAGUUGAAGAGGUCAUAGUGUAAGAAGGUAACACUUCCGUUUCUUUGGUUUCCGUAUCGACGUAUUGAUAGAAACGAAUGGAUUAUCUGUACACUCGUGCAAGGAAUUAGUGUGCUCGUAUCAGCGAGCUGGAUGUAAGAUAAGUGGGCCUAAAUCGUUGUUUCUCGUUUGUGGAGUCUGAUGUUGCCAAUCGUCGAAGCUAAUGUUACACGGAUCGUACGGUGUUAUAAGUUAGCGUGUAAGUGUCGGUUAUGAACUAAACGAAAGAACGUAUAUCGUUCGUCUAGUUUAAGGCAACGUUAUAUCCUGACGAACGUUGCUAAACAAUUUUCACAAUUUAUCUUCCUCUCUCCUAAUCGUUAGCCAAUUAAGCUACGUUUAUCUCCGAGUUAUUAUAGUCUACGAACGUUGACUAAUUACCAGAAUAUUUUUCCUCUUCAUUUUUUACGAAUUCUGCUCGACGAGAACGCGGCUCCUCGUGAGCGGUACGAGAGAAAAAGCUUGCGGAACAGCGUGGAAAUCCUCGACAAAACGAUUUCUAACGCGAUGCCUUCAAUCUCCCUCCAAUCACGCAGGAAAUCUGGUUAUCGCGGCUCGAUCGUUCGGUAAAUUGCUGUAAGUAGCUCGGAAAGCGCACGAAGCUUCGUGAAAAAGAUACGUUGAAACGAAAUGCCUUCCAUUCCCUCAAACUCGGUUCCCGGUUUAACGCGGGAGAUGAUCUCGCGUGCGAUCACGAAUCGCUGGAUCGAUCGCAGGAACCGUGCUAACGCGAAAUUUCCUUCGAACAGAUACGUUAUAUAGCCCCCGGUAAGAUUGUAUAAAAUUAUUGAACCUGUUACGACGAUAGAGCUUAAUUUGUCCGUACGUUUGCGCAAACCUACUCGUGCACAGGUGGAAGAACAAAACUGUCAGGCUGUAGACACGAAAAGGGCAGGUGAGGUUGAAACAAAUUGUACAUAACUACAUAGUCGUUAAUUGUAUAUUAUUAAAAGGAGAACAGAGAGAAAUGGCGAGGAUUGGAGCUUCGAAGUUGCUCGAGUCGAUCUUUUUAUAUAAAAUAAAGGUAGUAUUUUUAGAUGUUUCUAAAUAUGAGAUAAUCCUCGUAUUGUCGCCGCCACUGAACGUACGAGCUUAGCCACGCUAUGCUUAUACCUUGAAUAUGUGAAUCAUUCUUCUUUGGUAGAUUCUUCAUUUCUGGUCAUUGAAAAUUUAUACAUUGUUCAGUCAACAUAUCUUCUUUAUUUUAAAUUAAGAAAAAAACCAAAUAUUGUGGGGUACAUUUAAUAAUAAUACAAAUUUUUGAAACGAUCUGAUAUUUUUUCGUAGUGGAAUUAAAAAUUAAGUUGGAAGUUCAGAUUAUGAUUUUUAAUAACUAUGAAUCCCUGUGAACAAAGGACAAAAAUCGCAUCGCAAAAGCGUACAGAGAUAGCCCGUAAUUUAUUUUUCUCGGCUUGCAUAGGCGGUAUAGAUGUUGAUCUGUCAAUCAUUACGUCCAAUUUAAACCAUCGUUGGCAGGUAGACUCGUCAAUUCGCAACUCGAUGCGUGUAGAUUUUUAUACGCACCAUUUAGGCUGGUAUAGUCUGUUGAUUUGGUAGAAAGCGAGGAUCGAUAACAAAAUUUUCGAAGUAGCUGCGUUAAUGUGCCUCCACGAUCAUCUCGCGUGAAAAUUCGACUAAAUCGUCGAGCAAGAAUCCGAUGUAGAAAUCUGCGCGUAGAAAAGGCAAUUCGUGCGAUCGUAUACACUUGUCAUUUUCUUUAAUUAUUUAUUUUUCAAAAUUGUGCUUCUAGAAGGUAUCCUCUCGUCUACGUUCGUUUUUAGUCACCUCGUCGAUUCACGAGGAUAAUAUCAAAGUAACGAUCUAUUAGGCAUUUGGAUCACGAUACGCAACGCUUUAACAACAAUUUUGCGCUUGAUUAAAAAAAUCGUACGAAUUAGCGGGUCGUCUGGGUCUGCCUGGAUUGAUUAAUGAAUUUCUCAUUGGCAUUAAUCUUCAAUUGCACCUAAUUGGAGUAGAUGCAAUAUAUUGGACCUGAAUGAUUGCUUUAACUAUUAUUCAUAUUUAACGAAUGUCAUUGAAAAUUUUAUUGAUCUGUCCAAGCAGAUUUAGCGCAACUGUCUGAAGAAUAAUUAAUUGACAAGCAGACAACUUCAGUGAACCGAAUCGGUAGAGGUUCGUAAGCCUGUGAGGAAUAGAAAGUAUUCGUAAAAAGGUGCUUUAACGAGGCAUUGGCGCGUUAAGAGAUGAAAUUAUCUAGACGUAGGUAGCCGAUAAGCAGUCGAUAGUAAUUAAUCGUUCGUCAUGCUUUGCGAAUGAUCGUUUUUCGAAGGAUGAAUCGACAUCUUUUACAAUUUCCUCGGUUUUUCAUGUAAGUUCAAGUCACUUCGGUUAAUCUUCGAAUAAUAGUGGCUGGGUCAAUCCAGACCCACGAUUAUCUUCAAUUUCUUUUCCUCUCAAUUAUUCGAUUACACAAUUUUUAGCGCCGGUCAUCAGUGACUCAUAAUAUUCAACGUGUAAAAAUCUAAAUUACACUUUGGGUCAUUAAAGACUCGGCUCCGCUAUUCGAAGGUUAAUGAACUCUUUUUAAACUCAUCCUUGACCCGACAAUACGCGUUCUCUGUUCUUUUCUUUACAUGAUCACACUCCUGGAUUUAACAAGAAACUAUUAUAUUAAAAGAAACAUUUCUUUUCUACGAAUCUGGAAGAGGGAAGAUUGAUUUAAUUGGAAGGAUAAGUAGAAUGCGUUUAUCUUAUACCGCCUUCGUGUGACGAUUGUUGCGAACGUCGAUAUGACGAGAAUACACGGAUCCUAUAAGAGAAAUCAUUUAUAAAGAAACGUUAUAUUUACAAAGGGUGUGUAUGAAGUUGUUACGUGACCGUUUUGUGAGAAUUGUUGUAAAUAUCCGUGGAUACGAGUCAUGCCAGAUAUAAGACUGUAUAUUUGAAGAGCAUAGAGACAUAAGUCGUUAUGAAUAAAUAAACGGAAUAAAUAUAUUGAGA